CUUCCCUCUCCCUCUCUCUCUCUCUCUCUCUCGGUCUUCACUACCGGGUCAGGCAGGGAGGAGAGCGAGGCUGGGAGCCAGACAGACAUCCCUCCCCUACAACUAGUCACACACACACCCUCCCUCUCUCCUUCCCUCACACACGCAACGAGCAUCUCGGUGGCAGCUGCCAUGGCUCGCAGUUAGAGCCGGAGAGACGGGAGGGGAAGCGGUCCCUCAGCCGCCCUUCCUUCCUUCCUUCCUUGCCCGCCCCUCUCUCUCCCUCUCUUCCCUGGCAGGCAACUCCAAGGGCAGGCAGGCCGGCCCAGCCCACCCCGCGGGCCCCCACGGCAAUGUCCAAGGGCUUGAAGAAGAAAAGCCACUGGACGAGCCGAGUCCAUGAGUGUGCCAUCGUGAGGAGCGCCGAGGGCCAGCUGGGCUUCGAGCUCAAGGGGGGCGCCGAGAACGGGCAGUUCCCGUACCUGGGGGAGGUCAAGCCCGGGCAGGUGUUCUACGAGGCCGGCGGCGGCGGGGCCGGGGGGAAGCUGGUGCCCGAGGAGCUCCUCCUGGAGGUCAACGAGACCCCCGUGGCCGGCCUCACCAUCCGGGACGUGCUGGCCGUCAUCAAGCACUGCAAGGACCCCAUCCGGCUCAAGUGUGUCAAGCAAGGUGGCAUUGUGGAUAAGGAUCUUCGUCACUACCUCAAUUUACGGUUCCAGAAGGGCUCAGUGGACCACGAGCUCCAGCAGAUCAUCCGAGACAACCUCUACCUCCGAACAGUGCCAUGCACUACAAGGCCUCAUAAGGAGGGGGAAGUUCCUGGUGUGGAUUAUAUUUUCAUCACUGUCGAAGAUUUUAUGGAAUUAGAGAAAAGUGGUGCCCUUUUAGAAAGUGGAACAUAUGAAGACAACUACUACGGUACUCCAAAGCCUCCAGCAGAGCCAACCCCAUUACUUUUAAAUGUAACGGACCAGAUACUCCCAGGUGCCACACCCAGCGCAGAAGGCAAACGCAAAAGGAAUAAAUCAGUGAGCAAUAUGGAGAAGACUGGAAUAGAGCCUCCAGAGGAAGAGGAGGAAGAAAGACCUGUAGUCAAUGGGAAUGGCAUGGCAAUAACACCAGAAUCAAGUGAACAUGAAGAGAAGAGUACAGGUGCCUCAGGUGAAAUGUCCUCUCAGCCUUACCCCGCCCCUGUGUAUAGCCAGCCUGAAGAAGGAAAGGAAGAUAUGGAUAUAACAAAGCAGCCAAAACCUGAAGAAAAUGAUGAAUUGGGCCCUUUGCCUGACAACUGGGAGAUGGCUUAUACAGAGAAGGGAGAGGUCUACUUUAUUGACCAUAACACAAAGACAACAUCAUGGCUGGAUCCACGACUUGCGAAAAAGGCUAAACCCCCUGAAGAGUGCAAAGAAAAUGAGCUACCAUAUGGCUGGGAGAAAAUUGAUGAUCCCAUUUAUGGCACUUACUAUGUUGACCACAUAAAUAGAAGGACACAAUUUGAAAAUCCUGUUUUGGAAGCAAAAAGAAAGCUACAACAGCGUACCAUGCCCAACGCAGAACUUGGAACCAAGCCUAUGCCGGCCCAAGGUUUCCGAGAAAAACCACUUUUCACCCGGGAUGCCUCACAACUGAAGGGAACUUUCCUCAGCACCACUCUUAAGAAAAGCAAUAUGGGCUUUGGAUUUACCAUCAUUGGUGGGGAUGAGCCUGACGAGUUUCUCCAGGUGAAGAGUGUUAUUCCCGAUGGACCUGCUGCACAGGAUGGCAAGAUGGAGACAGGUGAUGUCAUUGUCUAUAUUAAUGAAGUUUGUGUCCUUGGGCAUACUCACGCAGAUGUAGUCAAACUCUUCCAGUCUGUUCCCAUUGGUCAGAGUGUCAACCUGGUGCUAUGUCGUGGAUACCCUCUGCCCUUUGAUCCUGAAGAUCCUGCCAACAGCAUGGUGCCACCAAUUGCAGUCAUGGAGAGGCCUCCAGUAAUAGUAAAUGGAAGACAUAACUAUGAAACUUAUUUGGAAUACAUUUCUAGAACUUCUCAGUCUGUUCCAGAUGUAACAGAUCGGCCGCCACAUUCCUUGCACUCCAUUCCAGCAGAUAGUCAGCUUGAUAGCACAUUCCCACCACCUGUUCAUGAUGAUAAUGUUUCAAUGGCUUCUUCUGGGGCCACGCAAGCUGAACUCAUGACCUUAACCAUUGUGAAAGGGGCCCAGGGCUUUGGCUUCACUAUAGCAGACAGCCCCACAGGACAGAGAGUGAAGCAAAUUCUAGACAUUCAGGGGUGCCCUGGUUUAUGUGAAGGUGACCUCAUUGUUGAGAUCAACCAGCAGAAUGUACAGAACCUGAGCCAUGCAGAAGUAGUGGAUAUACUUAAAGAAUGUCCAGUUGGAAGUGAGACUUCUUUGAUUAUCCAUAGAGGAGGAUUCUUUUCACCAUGGAAGACUCCAAAGCCUGUGAUGGAACGAUGGGAGAAUCAAGGCAGUCCACAGACGAGUCUAUCCGCUCCAGCUAUACCACAGAAUAUCCCCUUCCCACCCACCCUUCACAGGAGUUCUUUUCCUGAUUCAACAGAGGCCUUCGACCCAAGAAAACCUGACCCAUAUGAGCUGUAUGAGAAAUCACGAGCUAUUUAUGAAAGUAGGCAGCAAGUGCCGCCCAGGACUGGUUUUCGAAUGGAUUCUUCUGGUUCAGAUUACAAGGAUUUGGAUGUUCAUCUUCGGAGAAUGGAAUCUGGAUUUGGCUUCAGAAUUCUUGGUGGAGAUGAACCUGGACAGCCGAUUCUGAUUGGAGCAGUAAUUGCUAUGGGCUCAGCAGACAGAGAUGGUCGCCUACAUCCUGGUGAUGAGUUGGUCUACGUAGAUGGAAUUCCAGUGGCUGGCAAAACGCAUCGAUACGUGAUUGAUCUCAUGCAUAAUGCAGCUCGAAACGGUCAAGUGAAUCUAACUGUGAGAAGAAAGGUGCUACCCACAGGAGAACCGUGUCCAGAGAAUGGCAGGAGUCCAGGCUCUGUUUCAACACACCACAGUUCUCCAAGAAGCGACUAUGCCACCUACGCAAACAGCAACCAUGCUGGAUCAAGUAGCAAUGCUACACCUCCAGAGGGCUUUGCUUCGCACAGCAUGCAGACGAGUGAUGUUGUCAUCCAUCGCAAAGAGAACGAAGGCUUUGGUUUUGUUAUCAUUAGCUCCUUGAACAGGCCUGAAUCAGGAUCUACAAUAACUGUGCCCCAUAAAAUAGGCCGGAUAAUUGAUGGAAGCCCUGCUGAUCGCUGUGCAAAACUAAAAGUCGGAGACCGGAUCUUAGCUGUGAAUGGCCAGUCUAUUAUUAACAUGCCUCAUGCCGAUAUUGUGAAGCUAAUUAAAGAUGCUGGUCUUAGUGUAACUCUUCGCAUCAUUCCUCAGGAGGAGCUGAACAGCCCAGCUUCCGCACCCAGCUCAGAGAAGCAGAGCCCCAUGGCACAGCAGCACAGCCCCAUGGCUCAGCAAAGCCCCCUCUCACAGCAGAGUCCUGUAGCACAGCCCACGCCUCCACAGCCGCUCCAGCCUCAAGGGCAUGAGAACAGUUACAGGUCAGAGGUAAAAGCAAGGCAGGAUGUAAAGCCUGACAUCCGACAACCUCCGUUUACAGACUAUAGGCAACCCUCAACGGAUUAUAGGCAGCCUCCGUUAGACUAUAGGCAUCCUCCAGUAUUGGAUUACCAGCAACCCCCACCUCUGGACUACCGGCAGCCCCCCUUGAUAGACUACAGGCAACAUUCUCCUGACACCAGGCAAUACCCCUUAUCGGAUUACAGACCGCCCCAGGAUUUUGAUUAUUUUACUGUCGACAUGGAGAAGGGAGCCAAAGGCUUUGGAUUCAGUAUCCGAGGAGGGCGAGAGUACAAAAUGGAUCUCUAUGUGUUGAGGUUGGCAGAAGAUGGGCCAGCGAUAAGAAAUGGAAGGAUGAGGGUGGGAGAUCAAAUAAUUGAAAUUAAUGGGGAGACUACGAGGGACAUGACGCACGCCAGAGCAAUAGAACUAAUCAAAUCUGGUGGCAGGAGUUCACCAAAACUCUUCAACAACCGUAAGAGCCAAAUCCCAGAGGCUGACGAACCAAACACCUGGAGUUCUCCCACUGCCUCCUCCCCAGGUCUGCCGGAAGUAACUAUUUCCCUUGACGACAUUGUUUCACCAUUAUCUUCAUCACAUCUAGCCCAACCCUCUGACCCUUCCUACCAUAUAAACCCAGAACCAACUUGGGAUAUUAAGAGGGAACCUGAUGUAAGAAAACCAAAGGAGCUUUCCGCAAAUGGCCACAAAAAGAAAAGGUUAGGCGAGCAAAGAGAGAGGUCUAUAAGUCCUAAAAAGGUAGAUAGAUCCAAGCAUGAAGAGGCUUCUAGGAAAGGAAGCUCGGAAGGCAAGAGUAAGGCCGGCGAAAGUGGCAGGCCGACGUCAGAUAGUAAGGCAGUCGGACUGAACGCAACAGCCGAGCCUGGAGUACGAGAUCAUGGGUGUGCUGGAACCAAUGAUGAACUGGCCGGGAGAUCCAAGUGGCUGGACAGCAAAAGAGGAGGAUCUCUUGGCAUGAAAGACCACGAGACCGCAGUUGCUGCCGUGAAGAAGCCGGCUGCAGCUUCCGAACAUGUCAAGCUGGAUUCCUCUGGUGCUACAAAGGCGUACAGUAGCAAUAGCUGCAGCUCUCACGGAAGUGACAUGGAUCACAACCAGAAGGAAUCCGAGAGGAAGCCCAGCGAGUUCCCACGGAAGGGACACCUCCACUCCAUUAACACACGCAGCACCAACACAACAGCUCGGAAGGCAACUGUCUCACCAGGACCGUGGAAGAUUCCAGGUUCUGAUAAGCUGCCUAGUGUACUAAAAUCUGGCACGUCCGCUAUGAGCAGAUAAAUCCAUGACCGUUGCCUUCUAACUGUUUCACAGUGACACAGAACAUCCUUCUUAGCUUCUGUCUCACGUUGAUUUAUUUUAAUUUAUUUUAACUAUCUCACGCAUACAUUGAGGAAUGGAAGCAGUCAUAUGGAAUUCCAUGACAAAACGUGCAUAAUGUCUUAAUGAGUUAAAGCAACAUAAUCGCCACACAGUAUUUACACGUGACCCUCCAGUCCCCAGUUUCACUUCAGAGACUUUUGGCAGCUAUGGAAGAAACCAAAAUAAUAUGAAGGACCGUCGACCAUGAGGACAGUGCAGUGUAGCUUUAGUUUGUUGUUUUCCACUGCAUGAAGGAUUUGGGAUUUUUCAUUCAAACUUUAUAUCAAGAAACUGGAAGAAGUUCAGAGCAAUCACAAACUGGAACAUCGCCUUAAACAAAACUGCACGGAGCAAGCGAAAAAGUGGGAAUCGAAUCUUUUAUCUGAGUUCAAUGUUGUAAAUAAAUUGUUAUUGACAUAUCCAGAUGGGGGUUUGAAGCAUUGGAAAUUGUACGUCCAUGACAUGUCUCUACUGUUAACACUUUGGAAUAGACCACCCAAUCCCAGUAGCAUAAUUCAUUAUGCAAGGUGAGGAACCCUCGUGGAUUAGCUGGUGCGAUACCAUUUCUACUGCCAUUUUUUUGUG